GAGAAUAUUUGUUAUAUAUUUAGUCUUCUUUCAACAUAGGCUGUGGGAAAAGCAAAGAUACAUUUUAUAUGUAUAAAAAUAAUUGAUCUUCAUAUUGCUACAUUCUCUUUUAAAAAAUUAAUUUCCUGCUAUUACGAAGUUUUAGAGAAUAUAUAUGUCUAAGAAAAUAUAUACAAGGAGUGAGCGUUAGCGAUAAUAAGGGAAAUUGGGUUAUUUGUUGCGCACGUUCAAGAUGUCCAGCAAUGAAGUUAAAAAGGAUGAAUCGAAAUUUGAUAGGCUCAAGAAAUUGUUUAAAGGGAAUUCAAAAACAUCUUCUCCUUCUAACCUGCCUCAUGUCCCAUUACAAACCUCUCCCCAGAACCCGUUUCAACUAACUCAAGCAUGUGUAAACAGCAUAGGUUGUGGACAUCCUGAAAGCUAUAGAAUAAAAAACAUUAAAGACCUUACCGAAAUCAUUCAGACAAAGAUGAUAAAAAAGGAACAUAUAGUUACACUUUGGAAUUGUGUAAGGGAUUUGAAAACAUCUGAUAAUUCCAUUGCAAGACAGACGUGUUUUAGAUUUUUUUAUAGUUUAAUUCAAGGCCAGCAUGAAAGAUUAGAAACAAUGAAAUCGGUCAUCUUUGACGAUUUAAAUUCAGUUAAAUAUGUAGAAGAUUUCGAUUAUAAAAUUCUCUGCUUUCAAUCUUUAACGCAAAAUGGUAAAAAUCUUUCGAAAAUAGAAGAAGAAACUGGUCCUGCUGUUGCAGCUUGGGAAAAAGAAUUAGUUAAUGAUUAUGAAAAGUUAAAGGGGAAAAUUGUUAUAGAAUUUUUACGUUUAAUUGUUAAUAUUAUUAAGUAUAAUGCUGCUCAUUUAGAUGAAGAAAAUUUGAGUGAACUUGUUAGGGAAACAUGCAAUCUUGCUCAAGUUACAGACAAUUUGGAAGAAAUGAAAAGCUGUUUGGCUUUACUCAUGUGCAUAGUCAGUUACAGUUACUUACCCACGGACUGUCUAUAUGCUGUAGUUGUUUGUUUAUGCAAGGUGCUAAAUGUUCAUACUGAUUGUGUUUCAUCAGUUUGGAAGCUUAUGAGAGCAAUAUUUCAAGACCAUUUGGGUCAUGCCGCAUUACUUGUGACUUGUCGCAUUUUAGAGGAUAAAGAAAACGCAAAAGAUACUAUUCUUUUGCGUGGUGCUGUAUAUUUCGUUGGAGCUGCCCUUUGGGGAAGAGAAAGAGUUGAGACUAUUAAAUGUCCAGCUAGUGUUGUAUUACCUUGUAUGAUACAAGCUUUAGUUAACAGCGAUCAUCCACUUGUUGCCUAUGAAAUAGCAAGAUCUGUUAGAAGGUUAAUUGAAAAAUAUGGAACAGAUUGUGAAAUGAUGACAUGGAGUGGAGUUUUAGAUGUAAUCCAAACACUUCUUGAUUUUACAAAUUCAAAUGUAUUUGCUGCUUCGUCAGCACUUUCCCCACAUAUACUUACCGAAUUUCAUCGAAUAAUAAGUGAUGUAGAGGACGCCUAUGAGAAAGAAAGUAAUUUUAGUUCACUAGCCGAUCGAUUUUUCGAUAUUGUUGAAGAAUGUGCCAAUGAUAGACCGGAAAAAUCAUUACUACUUUUAAUACAACAUCGUGUAUUAUUAGUGCAUCCCAACCUCCCAGGAUGGACCAUUCAACUUAAAGAAUUAGUUGACAAAUACUUUAGGUAA